GAAAUAAUGAUAGUCUCAUUCGAGGUUCACCACGACAAAGACAUUUUUCAUAAUUUUCGCAAAUCGUUCCCUCUGAAAACCAAAUCAUAGCCGGAGGUGAAUUCAGUGAUAGUGUAAUAAUGUCGGGUUGUUCUUGUGCGAAGUUGUGUUGUUUGUUGUUUCUGGUACAAGUUGCUCUUGCAAGAACGACCGAAAACUACCCCGUAGCAACAACUGAACAUCCGACAGAAGAAUUUUCUACAAAAACAAGAUACGAACAAGGCUUGGAGGAUUAUGACGAAGCUCAAGCUCGGCAAGGUAGAGGAAUGAUGGAUUUCGACGACCACGACCCGCAUGAUCACGACCACGAUAUGCCAGAACAAAAAGCUGUCAAAGAAGAUCCCUGGGCUGGAUAUUACGAUUUUAUUAUCAACGAGGGCUCUUUCAAAUUCUGGGCGGCUUUUCAGCUCAUAACCGCCGUUUUACUAAUCUAUUCGGCAUUCGCGGCUGUUUACUAUGCAAAAUUCAACGUCAUUACUACAGAUUAUGAUUAUUAUGAUGAUUUCUUUGGAAGGUCAAACCAGGAGUCAUCUUCAAGCAGUUUAUGGUCAGGUUUAUCGGCGCAAACAUUUCAAAGGAUAUUCGACGCUCUGUCCUCCAAAAAAUAUUCAUAAAUGUACCCAACGAAAAGCCAAAUACUUAAACCAAAGACUCCAUCCAUCAUGCUAAGCUUGGACUUCCAACUUAAGUAUUUGCGCUUUUCGUCCUCAUAAAUAAAAAAUUUAUAGUCGUUCC